AUGGGCAACGUCAGUCCUGAGGUGUUGUGCUCCUUGGUCGAGACAGCAAUGCAUUCUUUGCUGUGCGUUCGGAAGGUCUAUCCCCCCGAGUCCUUCUCUCGCGUGCGCCGCUUCGGCCAGCUGGUGUGGCAGUCGAACUCCAAAGCCCUGAGGGCUUACCUCAAUGAGGUUUGCUGGUCCUUGCUGGAGCCGCUGAAGAGGGGUCUUGUUGCUGCUGUUUGUCUGCGGCUGCAUGACCAGCGAGGAGCAGCAGCAGAAACUUACACUUUUGCUUUUCCCCAAGAGCCUGCUGCUGCUGCUGCUGCUGCUGCUGCUGCUGCUGCUGCUGGUCCUGCGGCUGCUGCUGCGGGCGCGGACUAUGACGCGACAGAAAGCAUUCAGAACUUCCUCACCCGGACAGAGCUCAUCAGCUGCUGGCUGCCGCAGCAGCUGCAGCAGCAGCAGCAGCAGCAGCAGCAGCAGCAACUGCAGCAGCAGCAGCACGAGCAGCAGUUGCCGCUGCUGCAGUCCUUUUCUGUGUGCGCACACGUCAUAGAGGACGUGGCAGACCUGGCGGAAGCCAAUGCAGCAGCAGCAGCAGCGCCUGCUGCUGCUGCUGCUGCUGCUGCUGCUGCUGCUGCUGCUGGCGGCGAGCUGUGCAGCCCCGAAAGCCGUGCUGCAGCACAGCGCUUCCUUUGCCAGUGGAGAAGGCCCUACAGCCAAAGAAAGGAUUGCUGCGAAGGCGACAGCUGCGGCCUGCAGGGCGAAGGGCUGCUGUCAGUGCCCUGCACUGCUGUACGGACAGGAGCUGCCACUGUCUUGACACUCUCCGUCACAGCAGGACUUCAGCAGCAGCAGCAGCAGCAGCAGCAGCAGCAGCAGCAGCAGCAGGUGCUGCAGUGGGCUUCACAAGAGCUGUACGAGCAGAUGCAGGAACAGCAGCAGCACCAACAGCAGCAGCAGCAGCAGCAGCAGCAGCAGCAGCAGCAGCAGCAAAUGUCGGACUUGACAGAUGAUGACUUUGCCGAUUUGGACUUCGAGUGA